GAGGGGAAGAGGAGGAGGGGAGACUUGACGGACCGGCAGGAAUUCCUCUGUGCUCCUCAAAUUUCCUCAAAUCUCGGACCUCCAGCUCCGUCCGGACCGUCAUCCAGGCCAGAUCUCCCACUUUUCACGAAAACGAUGUUGCGAAGCGGCGCUGCGCUCCUGCUGCUGGCCGCGGCUCUCUGCGGCGCAGAGGAGCCGCAGAGCAAAAGCAAAGUGUGCGCCAACGUGUUCUGCGGCGCCGGCAGGGAGUGUGCCGUCAACGAGAAGGGGGAGCCCAGCUGCCUGUGCAUCGAGAGUUGUAAACCACACAAAAGGUCGGUGUGCGGCAGCAACAGCAAGACCUACAGGAAUCACUGCGAGCUGCACAGGGACGCUUGUCUGACCGGCUUGAAGAUCCAAGUGGCCCACGAAGGACACUGUCAGGAAAAGAAAUCAAAGCAGGCAGCCGCCAGUCCAGUGGUGUGCUACGCCGCCGACCGCAACGAGCUGCGGAGUCGUGUGAUCCAGUGGCUGCAGACCGAGGUCGUUCCAGACGGCUGGUUUGUCAAGGGCUCCAACUUCUCCGAAAUCCUGCACAAGUACUUCAAGUCGUACGACAACGGCGAUUCUAAGCUGGACUCCGCCGAGCUGCUCAAGUUCAUCCAGCACAACGACUCGCUGGUGGAGCUGCAGUCCUAUGCGGAUCAGGAGAGCAACAAGCUGCUCAGGAGCCUGUGCGUGGACGCCCUCAUCGAGCUCUCUGACGAGAACGCCGACUGGAAGCUGAGCUUUGAUGAGUUCCUCAACUGUCUGAAGCCUGGCUUCAACCCACCAGAGAAGAAAUGUGCCCUGGAGGACGACACCUACGAGGACGGAGCAGAAACCCAGGUGGAGUGCAACCGCUGCGUCUGCGCCUGCGGCAACUGGGUCUGCACCGCUAUGACUUGCACCGACAAGCACGCGGCCCUGGAGGAGUCAGCUGAUGCCGGAGCCGAGAUGACCGAGGAGGAGUGGAACCUCCGCGUCGCCGAGCUCAACAAGCACCAGGAAACAGUUGAGAAGAUGAAGACCAGCACAAAAGAGGCCUGAGUAAAGACAUGGCGAGGAAGAGGAUGCGCGCCAUCGCCCCCUUCUUCCAUACUCGAUCCUCCUCGGGACCGAGUGUUAUCAAACUGACUUUUUUCCACGUUUCUCCAUGUUAAUUAUUAUUCAGUCUUUUAAUGUUUAUGUCGACGUUUAUUAGUUGCCGUGGCAAUGACAGAAUGUAAUCAGAUUGCCUUGUGUUCAGUACUGUUAUAUUUGAUUGUAUUACUGUGCUCCUACACUGGUCCUGGGGCUGUGUUGUUUUCUUCCUUUCUUUUUUUUCUUUUUUUACUACAAUCCUCUUUUUUUCAAGUCUUUACAAAAGAAAGUGUUAUGUUUUUUACACCUUUUGGGAUAUGAAAGUCAGUGUUUUACAGGAUGGUUGGAGCCCGGAGGGCCCUUUUUCCUUUUUUCUUUUUUUGCAGAGCUGUUGGAGCACCUGGUGCGGCGUGUUUCUCCAUACCGUCGUGUCAGCAGACGUUUUGAACAAGCGGAGAUAAGAACAAAGAGCUUCUCGUGCUUUCGAUUAUGCUACUGUUUAGGACUGACACAGUGGGUCACUACUUGACCAAUGCACUUCUUUCUUUUUGUUUUUUUGUUUUCCUAUCUUUGCUAGGCUUUAGUUUACCGCAAUGCUCACAUUUCUUUGUAUUGUACUUCUCAAGUAAGAUUUUUUUUUUUCCAAAAAAGAGGAAAAAUAGUAGAUUAUCUCUAUGUACAGCAUGUUAUUGGCUUGAACUCGUCUUGUUCCCAUGCUAUACUUUGACAAGGUCUCACUGGUGCAGUGUUUUUUUUGUUAUUUGGUUGGUGUUUUCGAUCAUCUUUUUCUGUCCUGAGACGAAGCUGGACCAGCCGUCCAACUCUCUGCUCCCAGGCGAGACCGCAUCUCUGUCUAGCAUGGUGAAAAACUGAAACCAAAGUCUUGAUGAAGUGUUUGAAUGAUGUACAAAAUUCUCCAGGUAAACCAUUACUCUGGACCCAGCAACGAUAUUAUACCUGUGCUUUCAAAGUCACUAACAGAAGGACUAGCCUCACUGUCAGCUGAAGUAGCGUAGACGCAUCAGUAUCUGGGUGCACAUGAAAAGUGAGUGAGUGUGUGUGUGUUUGGGGUGAGUGUGUGUGUUAUUAACGUGAAUCUGAUGGCAGAUGUUGUUUUUUUUUAUGUAUGUGUAUUUGUUUAAAACUUGUACCUAAAUUGGGGAUUUUUUUAAUUUCCUUUUUCAAUGAAAUCAGUGCCUUAGACCUGUAAGCGGCGUUGGUCUCGACCGAACCUGUAUGCUGGCUGUUAUCCCACAAGCGCAUCACAAGAACAAGUGUGCUUUGCUAAAGUUUAGAGGGAAAACUAGCGCUUUGUUACUCUGUCCCUUAAAAAAUGUCUGUGGAUAUUUCAUUACAGUGUUGGAGCUCAAUCUUUCUAUUCCACUAAAAGUGCAGAGACUGUAAGGAAAAUGUAUGUAUACCAAUAAACCCCCUACGUCACAAAAAA